UCUCUCUCUCGCCUCAUCAAACGAAAGGGAGUGCGAGCGAGUAAAGAUCGAGUUUUGCUCCGUUUGCUUUGCUUGAUCGAAUUGUUGGGAUUCGAUCGGUCAUCGGUGAUUCUUGCAGCCGUUUUGUGCUUCUCGUGGAGAAGGGAGGGGAAUAAACAAAUGGCUGCGGUGGCGGAGAAGGCGAUCGGGUCGGAGGAUCAGUUCAUGCGCCACCAGAUGCCGCCGCCCGCAGACGGGGCGGAGGCGGAGUACCAGAGCGAGGUGCGGGAGCUGGUGGAUUUGCUCUCCAAAUUGAACCCAGCCGCCAAGGAGUUCGUCCCUUCUUCUAACCCUGCCCCCGCCGCCCGGCUGUCGGCAGUGACGCCCUUUUUUAUGGCCUCGGGUGGUUUCUAUAGUAAUGGUCUGCUUUGCAAUCUUGAUGGUGGUAUGGAUUCGAUCAGCGAUGGGUCAUCGAAUAAUCAGCCGAAUCGCAGAAGAAGAUAUGGUCAUAACCAGGGGCUAAGGAGGAUGAACGAUAGACUUUGGAAAGCUGAGAGGGAGGAAAGCGUUAAGCGAACUGUAUAUAUUUCUGAUGUUGAUCGUCAUGUGACUGAAGAGAAGCUUGCUGAAAUAUUUGCUACAUGUGGACAAGUGGUGGAUUGCCGAAUUUGCGGUGACCCUCACUCGGUGAUGCGAUUUGCCUUUAUAGAGUUCUCGGAUGAGGAUGGUGCAAGGACAGCUCUAAAUCUUGGUGGAACUAUGCUUGGUUAUUAUCCAGUCAAAGUCUUACCUUCAAAGACUGCAAUUAUGCCCGUGAACCCAAAACUUCUUCCUAGGUCCGAAGACGAAAAGGAAAUGGUCAUAAGGACAGUUUACUGUACAAACAUCGAUAAAAAGGUUACUCAGCCACAAGUAAAAGCUUUCUUUGAACAAUCCUGUGGUGAGGUUUCUCGUCUGAGGCUUCUUGGUGACAACAUACACUCGACACGUAUUGCAUUCGUCGAGUUUGCCCAGGCAGAAAGCGCGAUCUCAGCUCUCAACUGUAGCGGCGUGGCUUUGGGGGGUCUCCCGAUUAGGGUGAGUCCGUCGAAGACGCCGGUGAGGCCGCGAUCAACCUGACGUGGAGAAGUCGGUCUGGUGAUGACCGAGAGAGAGAGAGAGAGAGAGAGAGAGAGAGAGCUCACAAUUCCGAGGGCUGAUCUGCCGUUCUGGACUUCUGGUCUGAGGCAACCGGGGCAUGAUCCUCUUCUUCUUUGUGCCUGUUGGCUGGAAGCAACCCAAGAAACUUGGAAGUUCUUUAGCUAAUCGUAUCUGUUUGGAUCGGUAGGAGGUUGGCUGCGUGCCCGUGUUAUGGUUUGGUGCAUGUUGAAUGUGUUAGAGCUUUUAUUACAAAAAAACUAACCUCAAAAUUAUCCUCUUUUUUUUUCUUUUUCUUUUUUU